AUGUCCUCCAUUCUUACACAAACCUCUGAAACUCCCUCCGAGUCGCAGCACACGCCGUGGGUAGAAAAGUACCGCCCGAAAAACCUCGAUGACGUGGCAUCGCAGGAUCACGCGGUUGCGGUGUUGAAAAAAACGUUGCAGUCUGCGAACCUCCCGCACAUGCUUUUCUACGGGCCGCCUGGGACGGGGAAGACAUCAACGGUUCUAGCGCUUGCGAAGGAGUUGUACGGCCCGAAUUUGAUCAAGUCGCGCGUGCUCGAGCUCAAUGCGUCGGACGAGCGUGGUAUCCUGAUUGUGCGGCAAAAGGUGAAAACCUUUGCCCGCUUGACGGUGUCUAACCCGAGCGCGGACGACCUUGCGCGCUAUCCAUGCCCACCAUACAAAAUCAUUAUUUUAGAUGAGGCUGAUUCGAUGACCAGUGACGCCCAAUCGGCGUUGAGACGCACGAUGGAGACGUAUUCCGGCGUCACACGCUUCUGCCUCAUAUGCAACUAUAUCACGCGUAUCAUCGACCCGUUAGCGUCGCGGUGCUCCAAGUUCCGCUUCCGGCCGUUGGAUGACGCUAACGCGUUGGCCCGUCUCGCGCACGUCGCGGACACCGAGAGGGUCAACCGCGAGGCCGGUGUGUUGGAGCAGGUGUUGCGCAUCGCGAACGGUGACUUAAGAAAAGCCAUCACGUUUUUGCAGUCUGCAACCAGAUUGCACCUGGAUGGGGAUGAAGUGGCGGAGAUUACCAACAAAUCGAUUUUGGAAAUCGCAGGAGUGGUCCCCGACGAGGUGAUUGGAAGGUUGAUCGCCGCAAGCGCCGCCAAGGACAUGGAGAAGUUGUUCACGACGGUCAAUGACGUCAUGCUCGAGGGGUGGAGCAGUGUACAAAUUUUGAGCCAGGUCCAUGAUUUGUUGAUUUUGGACGACUCAUUACAGCCGGAUCAGAAAAGCCGGAUUUCGCGAGUGUUGUUUGAGACGGAUAAGCGGUUGUCCGCGGGGGCGGAUGAGCAUGUACAGGUGUUGAAUUUGUUGUCGCAGCUUUCGUUGAUCUUGUGA